UUCAAGAAAGAUGACACAGAGCCUGUCGGGCCCGCGCACUCUUGGCAAAGUUUCAGUGCGACGAGAGGCGCCGGGCGCUCCAUGGCCGCGCCGUAACGGGGACCCAGCCGCCUCCCCGCCCAGCCCGGCCCAGCCCUUCCGCCCACCCAGGAUGGAGGCGCCCGCCAGCGCGCAGACCCCGCACCCGCACGAGCCCAUCAGCUUCGGCAUCGACCAGAUCCUCAACAGCCCGGACCAGGACAGCGCGCCCGCCCCGCGGGGCCCCGACGGCGCCAGCUACCUGGGAGGGCCCCCCGGGGGCCGUCCAGGCGCCACAUACCCGUCGCUGCCCGCCUCCUUUGCCGGCCUCGGCGCGCCCUUCGAGGACGCGGGAUCUUACAGUGUCAACCUAAGCCUAGCGCCCGCCGGAGUGAUCCGGGUGCCGGCGCACAGGCCGCUGCCCGGGGCCGUGCCGCCGCCUCUGCCAAGCGCGCUGCCCGCCAUGCCCUCCGUGCCCACAGUCUCCAGUCUGGGCGGCCUCAACUUCCCCUGGAUGGAGAGCAGCCGCCGCUUCGUGAAAGACCGCUUCACAGCGGCGGCCGCGCUCACGCCCUUCACCGUGACCCGGCGCAUCGGCCACCCCUACCAGAACCGGACGCCGCCCAAGCGUAAGAAGCCGCGCACAUCCUUCUCCCGGGUGCAGAUCUGCGAGCUGGAAAAGCGCUUCCACCGCCAGAAGUACCUGGCUUCGGCCGAGAGGGCGGCGCUCGCCAAGUCCCUCAAAAUGACGGACGCGCAGGUCAAGACCUGGUUCCAAAACCGGAGGACCAAGUGGCGGCGGCAGACGGCGGAGGAGCGGGAGGCGGAGCGGCAGCAGGCGAGCCGGCUCAUGCUGCAGCUGCAACACGACGCCUUCCAAAAGAGCCUCAACGACUCCAUCCAACCCGAUCCGCUCUGUCUGCACAACUCGUCGCUUUUCGCCCUGCAGAAUCUACAGCCCUGGGAGGAGGACAGCUCCAAGGUCCCCGCCGUCACCUCUCUGGUGUGAGCCGCCCGCGCGCACCGUCGCCGCGGAUCGCCGCCCCCGCCCGGCGGGGCGCCCCGGACCCCCCAGCCGGGCUGGGGGAGGUGGGGCGGGAGGAGGGAGGCACCGGAGGCCGAGAAGGGAAGGGGACACCAAGCCCCAGGAGGCCCCGGGGCGCCUCAGCAAACCGGCCGGCCGCGGAGGGGGGCUGGGCCCGGGCUCCGCGCGGCUGCACAAUCCGAGCCCCCCCCCGCCCCGCGCCCCGUCCCGCCCCAGGCCCGGGCCUGACAAAGAAAGCGCCUUACGUUUCUCCGCCCCCCGCCCGCAUCCCCCCGGGCUGGGCGCCUGUAUUAUACUUUGUACUUUUGCCCAAACGUGUAAAUAAUAAAACUUUUGGCUUUUUUCUUUAGAAACCCGCCCUCAGCUCCCCCCACCGCGGGGGGCCGCUGGGGGAGGGGCGGCCGGCCCCGCGGCGGCGGGGGGGAGCUCCAGGGGCCGGGGUCACCCUGCGUUUAGGCUGGGUCCACUCCUCUCCUUUUUCCGUUCCUUUUAUUUAAGUCGUUUUAUUUAAUAAAAAAGUUAGCUAUUUCACUUAA